AUGCCUCUAGCCGUUGAAUCUUCAAUCCUCAUCAUUGGUGCCGGAACUUGGGGCUGCUCAAUAGCUCUGCAGCUAGCCCGCAGAGGACAUACCGGCAUCAAGGUGUUGGAUGGUUGUCCAUUUCCCUCCCCAAUUGCGGCUGGAAACGACAUAAAUAGGAUUGCCGAAGAAGGCAAGUGUCCCAAGUACGAUGCAAACGAACCCGACGACAUGGAUUCCGACGAAGACUACUUCUGGAACAAAAUCCACCAGCUAUCGAUGAAUGCCUGGAAGCACGAUCCACUGUUCAAACCGUUUUACCACCCGACUGGGUUCAUUAUGGCGGCGUGUGGUGAUGAUGCGUAUGAGCAUUGUUUGAAAUACGCUGAAAGCGAACAGGCCAAGUUAGUCCCGCUCAACACGGCCGCAGCUUUCCAUUCCACAAUGCCGCAGGGAGUGUUAACUGGCCCCUUUCCGCAUUGGCGAGGAUUCUGGAAAGACGGCGGAGCAGGUUGGGUCUUUGCGAACGGCGCACUACGAGCCAUGCAUGCGGAAGCGACACGGCUAGGCGUUAAGUUCUUGGCUGGAUCUUCUAAAGGAAAAGUGGAAAGUCUGUUGUACUCUGCCGAUAAUGACGCUGUUUUCGGUGCUCGGACAAGAGACAAGGUAGAGCAUACAGCAUCGCAGACAAUUCUAGCAGCGGGUGCUGACAGCGACCUACUUUUGGACUUCAAGAAGCAGCUCCGCCCAACGGCUUGGACACUUGCACAUCUCCCUCUAUCUGCUAGUGAAGCAGAGAAGUAUCAUAAUCUACCGGUACUGUAUGGCGUUGACAGAGGCUUCUUUAUUGAGCCCGAUGCCGAGAACCAUGACAUAAAAAUCUGCGACGAACAUCCCGGAUAUUGCAACUUCGUCCACAUGAAUGGCGAGCUACGUUCAGUACCAUUUUCCCGCCAGCAGAUCCCGAAGGAUGCCGAGGCGCGUAUGCGGCGACUACUCCAUGACACAAUGCCUCAAUUCGAAGACCGAGAUUUCAGUUUCGCACGGAUUUGCUGGGAUGCGGAUACAGUUGAUCGAUACUUCCUCAUUGAUCGCCACCCGGAUCUAGAGAACUUAGUUGUAGCUGUUGGAGGUUCUGGGCAUGGUUUCAUGACCAAUCCGGCUGUUGGAAUGCUGGUCGCAGACACCGUACAAGGCAAGGUUGAGCAGAGACUACAAAAGAUGAUGAGAUGGCGGCCGGAGCUUAGUGUUAAUAGAGAUUGGUGGGACACGCAGGAUCGAUAUGGAGCGGAUGGCAAGGUGAUGGAUUUUCAAAAGUCCAAUGGUGUCUGA